AUGGCGCCCAACGGUGACAAUAAACUUUUUGCUUUGACAUUGGCCGUUUUGGUCUCAACUGCAUUGGGUGGACAAUUGAGCAGCACUUAUUUGCCACCACAUCAGGGUAGUGCCUCUGCACCUUCCGUCAGUUUUGCUGCAGCUGCUGCUCCUUCUAGACAAUAUUUGGCACCAGCUGCAUCUGCUCCAGUUACCAGUUUUGCUACAUCUAGUGGUUUCUCCGAUUCGGCUGCCCACUAUUCAGCUCCUGCUGUCGCCGCACCCUCUAAACAAUAUUUGGCACCCGCUGCUUCAGCUCCAGCUGUAAGCUUUGCUGGAAGUAGCUUUGGUGGUUUCUCAGCUGGUCAUAAUGCUGGAGGUUUCUCAACUGGUUUCUCAGCUGCUGCUUCUAAACCAUCCAGACAAUACUUGGCUCCUGCUGCUUCAGCUCCUUCUGUUUCUUACUCUGCUGCUGCCUCAGCUCCAGUCGUACACCACGCUGCUCCUGCUGUCCACCAUGCCGCUCCUAUUGUUCACCACGCUGCCCCUGCUGUUCACCACGCCGCUCCUGUUGUUCAUCAAGCCGCUGCUACAAUUCACCACGCCGCACCUGUAGUACACCACGCAGCUCCCGUUGUUCAUCACCACGCCGCUCCCGCAGUUCACCAUGCUGCUCCUGUUGUUCACCACGCCGCACCCGCAGUUCACCAUGCUGCUCCCGUUGUUCACCACGCCGCUCCCGUUGUUCAUCAUGCCGCUCCUGCUGCUGUCUCUCAUAGUGUUGGUUUCGCCACAGGAUCUCAAUCUGCUGGUUAUGGUAGUGCUGGUUUCGCAUCAGGAUCUCAAUCAGGUUAUGCUGCUUCUGCUCCAGCUGCCGCUGUCAGUUACUCUGCUCCUGCUGCUAGUUAUUCAGCACCAGCUGCCAGUUUCUCUGCCCCAGUCGCUCAAUAUUCCAGCGGUUCAGUUGGUACCCAAUAUGCUGCCAAUGGUGGCUAUAAACUCUUUGUUUUAACUCUGGCCGUUUUGGUCUCCUCAGCAGUGGCUGGACUAAGCUCAACCUAUUUGCCUCCAGCACCACCAUCUAGUCAAUAUUUGGCACCAUCAGUAUCCUCCACGGUUGGUCAUGGAAGUGGAUUUGCUAAUGUAGGUCAUUCGAACAGUUUUUCACAAGGCUUUGCUUCGCAGGCUGUACAUCAUGCCGCUCCAGCUGUCUAUCAUGCCGCUCCAGCUGCACCAUCUAGACAAUAUUUAGCCCCAGCUGCUUCAGCUCCAGCUACCCAUUACUCGGCCCCUGCUGCUUCUUCCUACGCCUCUGGUUUCUCGCAUGCCACUUCCGCAGUACACCAUGCUGCUCCAGCUGUUCAUUAUGCUGCUCCUGCUGUCCACCAUGCUGCUCGUGUCCAAUCUAGACAAUACUCGGCUCCUGCUGUUUCUUCCUACGCCUCUGGUUUCUCGCAUACCACUGCCGCAGUACGCCAUGCUGCUCCUGCUGUCCAUUACGCUUCCCCUGCAGUUCAUCAUGCCGCCCCAGCUGUCCAUCACGCUGCCACUGCUGUCCACUAUACCGCUCCCGCUGCACCAUCUAGACAAUAUUUGGCCCCAGCAGCAUCAGCUCCAGCUGUCCAAUACUCAGCGCCUUUACACAGCCAUGCAGUCUCUCAUGCUGUAGCGUCAGCUCCAGUGGCCCGUUUCUCUGCACCUGUUGCCGGCUCCUAUGGUCGCAGCAGCGGUUUUGCCUCGAGUUCAUACGGCGGUAGUUUUGCAGCAUCCGCACCAGCUGUCCACCAUUCUGCCCCAGCAGUAAGCUCUUCUUAUGGUCAUGGUGGUGGUUUUUCCAGUGGUGCUCAUUCCACUGGCUACGCACACUCCGUAUCUGCUCCAGUAAGCCAUUAUUCAGCACCCGCUGCCUCCCUUUUCUCCGGUAAUUCGGUUGGUACUCGUUAUGCAGCCAAUGGUGGUUAUAUUCGCCAUUAA